AUGUCUAUUAUCAACCACACAGACUCGGCCAAGCCCCGCCUGUCAGAGGCCGAGGCCGAUGAUUGGCGCAGGGUUUUCCAAGAAGCUCCCCCAUGCGUGUUCCCCCAGCCUCGCGCCGGCGCACCCUCGGCCAGCACACCCUCGGCCAGCACCGUCCAAUCUGGAUCCGUGCUGCGCCGUCAGAUUUUCCUCCCCAACAGCGGCCGCUCCGGCUUCCCCCUCGAUGCCGUUUUGCAGGCCGCAUGGGCUUUUCUCAACGCGUCAUACUCCGACACCGAAGAUGUCGUCUUUGGCAUGGCCCUCGUCGACGAGGACACGGAUGACGGCGAGCCUCGCACGGCCCUGCCUUUCCGCUUUACACUGCACCCAGACCAGACCAUUGCCGACUGCCUCGAGGCGGUUGAGGCGCAGGAGCUCCCCCUGUUGUCGUCCAGCGGUAUUGACCUCGAGGCAAUUGCCGGGCUGGGACCGGAAUUGCGCGGUGCCACGCAGUUCAGAAACCAGCUCGUCGUCUACCCGGCUAUAAUGGCCAACACGGAUGUCCUGCUGGAUCGCCCCCUUAACGUCGAAUGUUUCCUAAACCCGUCAGGGGUAUUGGUUCAGGCGUUUUACGACCCGGAAAUCCUGGAAGGGGUCGAGGUCCGCCAAAUCCUGGCCACGUUUGAAUUUUUAAUUCAGCAAUUCGACGAUGUCUCCAAUUUGGGCAGGAUAAUUAGCCAGGUUGAAAUUAUUAGCCCACAAGAUAAAGGCCAGCUCCAGAAAUGGGGCGAGCAUUUUCCACCGGCCGUCGAAAAAUGCGUUCACUGGCUAUUCCAGGAAAAGGCUCGCGAAACGCCUUGUGCCGAGGCCGUUUUUUCGAUAGCGGAAAAGGUUUCGUGGACUUAUAAACAAUUGGAUACCCUCACCGACAAACUUGCCCACCUUUUGGUAUCCAAACGGGUUAGCCCCGGCAAAAUCGUCCCUUUAAUGUUCGAAAAAAGCGUUUGGACGGUUGUUGCAGCCAUUGCUGUGCUUAAGGCGGGAGGUGCCUUUGGGUAUAUCGAGCCCAACCAGCCAUGGGAGGACGUGUCGAGGCUUUUGGGCGCGUGCGAGUCGACCUUUGUACUUUGCUCGGCAAAAUACGAGGGCCUGCUGAGCACCCACGACGUCGAAUCUGUUAUUAUCGACGAGGCGCUGCUUUCUCGCCUGCCCUCGUGCGGAUCUGUCGAGGAUAUCUCUCAGCCCGCCGACAUUAGCUACAUUAUCUUUACGUCUGGGACCACGGGGCGGUCCAAGGGCAUUGUAUCGAACCAUUCUUCGUUUUGCACCAGCAUAUUGGCCCACGGCAAGGCCGAAUUUUACGGUCCAGAGUCGCGGUGUUUUGCCUUUUCGGCCUACAAUUUCGACGUUAGCGUCACCGACAUCUUCACCACGCUGGCCUUUGGGGCUUGCAUUUGCAUCCCGUCCGACGAGGAAAAGAUGAACGCGCUUGCUGCGACGGCAGCACGCAUGAGGGUAACCCAUAUUACCGCCACGCCGACCGUGUCCCAGUUUAUUAACCCUGGAGACGUCCCCACGGUUAAAACCUUCAUUACGGGUGGAGAGUUUGCCAGUCCGGAAAUUAUUAAGAAGUGGGUGUCGGCCGGGAGGAAUUACAUCAAUAUUUACGGCCCGGCAGAGUGCAACUCGAGAAUCACCCAUCACAGUUUCAAAGUCGGCGAUAGCGGUAGUUGUAUUGGUCGUCCCAGCGGCUGCGUCGUCUGGAUUACUAAAAGCAACGAUCCCAACGCGCUGGUGCCGCUGGGUGCACCUGGCGAGCUUCUCAUAGAGGGACACCUCGUUUCGAACGGCUAUUUGAAGGAGGAGGACAAAACCGCCGAGGCGUUUAUCGCUGCUCCGGAUUGGCUCGUUAGGAUGUUUCCAGACCGGGCAUCUUCGAGACUUUACCGCACCGGCGAUUUGGCACAGUGGUUGCCAAACGGGAAAUUACGCCUGCUCGGCCGUCGGGACACGCAAAUGAAGAUCCACGGCGUGCGGCUCGAGGCGGCACACAUUGAGUUCAAACUCUCUGCAGCGCUCCCCAGCGGGUCUCAGGCGGUUGUGGAGAAGAUUACUGUUGGACAAGAUCCCAAAGGGGGACAAGAGUCCAAAGGGGGACAAGAGUCCAAAAGGGAAAAACUCGCCGCUUUUGUCACGCUGCCUGGCCCUCCCACGAAUGACGACACGCCUUCGUUCCUGGAGCCUAGACAAGAUCUCUGUGACUUGCUUGCAGGUGUGCAAGAGACGAUGCUUGCCAACCUUCCUGCCUGGAUGUGUCCGAAUUACAUUUUACCACUCGACAAAUUCCCGCAUGGCCAAUCCGGCAAGGUCAACAGAAAGGUCUUGCGGGACAUGGUUGCAGAUUGGUCAGAGGAAUCCCUGAACCGCUUUACUGUGUCUUGCCCGGCAGGUAACAAAGAGGUUCCUAUCGGCGCUAUGGAGAAGGCCAUUGCCGGACUGUGGGCAGAGGUUCUCCAUUUGCCUGCUUCACUGAUCGGUCGCCAAGAUACUUUUUUCCGCCUCGGUGGAGAUUCAGUGGCUGCCAUGAAGGUGGCUGCAGCCUGCAAUAACCGUCAAAAUGGUCUCAUUAUCUCGGUUGCCGACAUAUUCCGCCACCCAAAAUUGUCUGAUUUGGCGGCCAAUAUAUCAACUGCUGUUGCAAUUUCCGAAACGACUAUUGCACCAUUUGAGCUUAUUGGUGGACCUUCCUGUCUGGACCAGUAUACCCAGGCAUUAAACCAGGCCGGUAUCGAUCCAUCCACUGUCCAAGACGUAUUUCCUUGCACCCCGAUGCAGGAAGGUAUGAUGGCGGAAACCAUGCUAUCGCCCAACACGUACAAGCUUCAGCAUGUACUCAGGCUUGAUCCUUUAAUUGAUCUUCCUCGUUUGCAAGGCGCGCUCGACCGGCUGGUUCAGUCGUUUGCGAUCCUCAGAACCAGGAUAAUAUUAAUGCCGCGGAUUAAAGGGGUUACCGGCAGCAGCUCUUAUCAAGUCGUCGUUAAGGGACUUGAGGAAUAUUCUCCUGUGCAAGUCAAAACGGUUGACAAGGUAAAGAGUGCUCUUUCUGCCGAGAAAAAGGCUGUCAAGGUUGGGUAUGGCAGCGAGCUGAGUCGCUUCGCCUUGUUUAUUGCAGAGGGGGGUAAAUACCUGGUCUGGACCAUCCACCACGCAGUGACGGACGGGUACACGUACAACCUUAUCCUCGAAAAGCUGCAAGAGAUGUACAACGGGACGGAACCCUCCACGAUCACACCCACACCUUUUGCUCAUUUCGUUAAACAUUUGCAGGACCAGGACCCGGAAAGGAAUGCCCAAAUCUGGCGGCAGAUGCUCGAUGGUGGAUCCUCUCCUCAAUGGCCCAGCUGCAGCGAUAAAGCACACGAACCCAUUGUAACGCGCACCAUUACCAAAACUUUCUCCUUACCCGCCAACGAAAGCGGUUGCACUAUUUCGACUGUUAUUAGAGCUGCCUGGGCUCUCGUCCUGAGCGGUCUCGUCCAGUCUCCCGACGUUAUAAUGGGUCUCACUCUCGCCGGGCGCGAUAUCGAGCUACCUGGCAUCGAUAAUUGUGCAGGGCCCUGCUUAAACACGGUGCCCUUCCGUGUUCUCGUCAAAAACGAGACUUGUGCAGAGAUGCUCCGUGCCGUCCAGCAGCUUUACGCCGAUAUUAUUCCUCACCAGCACAUUGGUAUAAAAAACAUCCGCAGGGCGCUGAGUGUGUCGUCCGAGGCUUGUGACAUUUCGAAUCUUCUUGUCAUUCAACCUGGCUACCGAGUUGACCAAGGACUUUGGACCCAAGAAGACGACCUGAGCACCGACGAAGAGCUAAAUUUUGGAUUUACGCUUGAGUGCAUUUUGGACUCUGAGAGCAAAAUGACGGUAUUGUGCGGCUUUGACGAGAUAAUGGUGUUUGAAACCAAGGCGAGGGAAAUCUUGGACAUGCUUUCUACCGCAAUCGACUUUUUAACUCCUGCUUCGAACCAGGGCAAACUACUUACCGAAAUGGAGGGUUUGCAUUUUGUUCAGCGCACCAAAAUCCCAAAGCUAAAUAUUGGAAUGGAUGCGGUAGAGCAAUGUCUCCAUUCUUUAGUGGAGGAGCAAGCUCGCUCUCGGCCGAAUGCCAUUAUGAUUGACGCCUGGGACGCAAAGCUGACCUACCGCGAGACCGACGAAUACGCCACCCGCCUUGCCAGUUUUAUUGCAGGUCUCGGCGUCGGGCCCGAGGUGAUUGUGCCUUUUGCGUUUGAAAAGAGCGCCUGGACGACGGUGGCCAUCCUUGCCAUCCUCAAAGCGGGCGGUGCCUGCGUGGCUCUGGACAUGAGCUACCCGCGUUCGAGACUCGAGCGCAUAAUGCAGGAUGUCGAGGCCAAAACGGUCCUUUGCAGCAGGAGAAACGAGCAGGCCCUCAAGACGUACAAGGGUCUUCACAGUAUCGUGGUCGACCGAAACUCGAUCGACUGCUUGCCUAGCGAGGCUUUCCGCAGCGACGUGAAGCCGACAAAUGCCGCAUGGGUUGUCUACUCUUCUGGCUCUACGGGAACGCCCAAGGGCGCGGUGCUGGAGCAUCGGUCACUCGCCACCACGGCGCGCACCAAUUCGGAGGUCCUGGGGUGCGGCCCCGACACGCGUGCCUUGUCGUUUGCCUCGCACUCUUUUGACGUGGCUAUCGAGGAUAAUAUUAUUAUCCCCAUGUUUGGAGGUUGUAUUUGCAUCCCAUCCGACGAGGAUCGCUUCAACGACCUGGCUGGCGUUAUGACCCGCAUGUCUGUCAAUUGGGCCGAUCUUACACCAACCGUCGCCCGCAUGCUCUCCCCCAGCACCGUACCCACCCUCCGCACCAUGGUUCUAGGCGGCGAGGCUUUAACCCAGGAUAUAAUCGACACGUGGACCCCUGUGGACGGCUUUAAGCUGUACAAUACCUAUGGGCCAUCAGAGUGUUCGGUGCAAUCUACCUGCUGCCUGGAACCUUUGGGACGCGACGCCCGUGGAGGUAAUAUUGGAUAUCCGAUGAAUUGCAACAUUUUCGUCGUCGAUUCGGAUAACCCCAAUGUGCUUUUACCUGGAGGGGAGACAGGAGAAAUGCUCAUUGAAGGACCCAUUGUUGGGCGCGGCUACCUCAAAAAUGAGGACAAAACCCGCGAGGCGUUCGUUCGAGGUCUCGUUUGGGCCAAGGACCCAGCCCGUCGUUUUUACCGCACCGGUGACCUCGGCGUACUUAACGACGACGGCAGCCUAAGUUUUAUUUCGCGCAAAGAUACCCAGAUCAAACUUAAUGGUCAACGGGUGGAGCUGGGUGAAAUUGAGGCUGUAUUGCUCAAAACCUCGAACCUGGCUCAGGUUUGCGUCGAAGCCUUUAGCCCGCAAUCUUCUCCACGCAGAAAAUUGCUGGCCGCUUUUAUCCAGCUGGAGCGCCGGCCCAGUAAUGAAAAAGCAGAGGCCAGCUCGGCUUUGGAGUUUGUUGACAUGACAUCCUCUACACGCGAAAAGCUUGUCAGCAUUAAGCAGAACGCUGCAAAUCACCUUCCCGAAUACAUGGUCCCUUCGCUCUUCAUUCCCGUAUAUAGCCUGCCUAUAAACGCCUCUGGAAAGAUUGAACGCAAGGUCCUGCGAGAGUUAGCUUCUGGCUUCUCGCAACAACAGACCGUCACCUAUGCCCUCCGAGCUGACGCCGCCGUCGUGGAUGGCCCCGUCGCUGAAUCUGCAAUCGCCGAGGUUCUCAUGGAGCUCUGGGCCGAAGUUCUCCAAAUUGAUCUCCUGUCACACGCCAUUGGCAGUGACGAUAGCUUUUUGGAAAUGGGAGGCGAUUCGAUUGCGGCUAUGCAACUCGUCAGCAGGGCAAAGAUGGCAGGUCUAGAGUUGUCUGUCCGCGGCAUUAUGAAGACGCCUACCUUUGCAAAUAUGGUACUGUCAGCCAAGGUUAUACCUGGUGUCGAGUUGCGGCCCAAGCGCAUCUCCACUGCAAAGGUGUCCAAGUUUGGCCUGUCUCUUUCCAUCCCAACGCCCACGUCGGCAAUUUCCAGAAGCCUGCCGACGCCUUCGCUUGCAAAGGAUGAGCCCUAUAGUGCCUUUUCACUCGUCCCCGAGACCUUGAGCAGGACCACGCUGCUUAAUGAGGUGCUUGAUUCGGUGCUGGGCGAGGAGAGACGGCUCGUCAAUGAUGUCUAUCCUUGCACCCCGCUCCAGGAUAGCCUGAUGGCCUUGACUGCAAAGGACAGCACCGCCUAUGUGCUGCGCGAGGUUUUUGAUCUUCCCGAGCAUACAGAUAUCAACCGCUUCAAGCAGGCCUGGGAAGAUGUGGUGGCCGCCAACGACAUCUUUCGCACUCGCAUCUUCCACGUCGCCGGCCACGGUUCAUUUUCAGUGGUUCUGGACACGCCCCUGGAAUGGACCGAGGUCGAGACUUUGGAUGAGUACCUCGCCCUGGAUACGGCAAAAGAGAAACACAUGAACUAUGGUACGCGUUUGGUCCGCUUUGGACUUGUAAGCAACCAUGGCAGCCCUCAAUUUGUCUGGACCAUCCACCACGCCUUGUACGAUGGAUUCUCGUAUGGCCUCACUCUCGAGGCCGUCGACCAGGCCUACCAAGGAAUGGGCCUACCGCCGACGCGCCCCAUCCUGGACUUGGUCCGCUAUCUCGGCCAGUUGCCCCAGGACGGCGUGGCUGAUUUUUGGACCGGAAACCUCGAAGCCUGCCAAGCUAUUCCAUUCCCCCCAGUUGCUCCAGGUCAGAUUUGUAUCGCCGACAAUACCGUCAAACACUCGGUCAAAUUCCGCCGCCCGCCGCGCUCCAAAUUCACCGCUGCAACUGUUCUCAAGGCCGCAUGGUCUAUCCUUAUGGCGCGCGUAUCGGAAUCCACCGACGUCGUUUAUGGUUUAACUUCCUUUGGCCGAGAUGUUCCUAUCGACGACGUGGAUAUUAUUAAUGGUCCACUCUUAACCACAACGCCGGUUCGUGUGCAGGUGGACCUCGACGCAACUGUCGAAUUGUUCCUCGGGCAGGUUAAUUUGCAGUCAAUCGAAGCCGGGCCCUUUUCCCACGCCGGCAUCCAUAAUAUCAAAAAGCUAAAUAAUUCGUGCCGGAGCGCCUGCGAAUUCCAGAACCUCCUCGUCAUCCAACCUGCAAAUAAUAACGCCGACGAGGAUUCGCUUUUCUGCGACCGCGCAACCCACACCACCGCAAAUAUUAUCUCCGGUUUUGGCCUGGUGGUCGAAUGCGGGUUGGGCGAGGAAACAAUCGCUUUAACUGCCCACCACGAUUCGUCCGUCUUAUCGGCUUUGCGUGCCGAGAGGCUGCUAAGGCAAUUCGCCCGCAUUAUCGAACAGCUAAUUCGCCUCCCUCGCAGCGCAGCUGGUAUUACCGUUGGCGAGAUUGAUGUCUUGUCCAGCAAGGAACGACAGGACCUCCGAGAGUGGAAUAAAAACUGUCCGGCCUGGAUGGAUGCCUGCAUGCACCAGCUUAUAAAGCGUCACACUCUUUCCAAACCAGAAUUUCCCGCCAUUGAAUCUCGGCAGGUUACUUUGUCUUACCAGCAGCUGGAUGACCUCGCCACGCAUAUGGCUCACCAACUUUGUGAGCUAGGAGCUGCGCCAGAACGGAUUAUUCCCAUCAGCAUGGAAAAGUCUGUCAACGCCAUUGUUGCAAUGCUUGCUGUGCUCAAGGCCGGCGCUGCCUUUGUCCCCAUUAAUCCAGAAGAUCCUCAAGACCGCCGAGCAGAUCUUUUGGCGCAAGUCCAGGCGGAAAUCAUCUUGGUCUCGCCUAACACCAAAGACCGCUACGCACCCUUUAACAAACUCAAGGUGGUGGUUCUUCCUCCUUUAAAUGUUGCCGAAUGGGGUCCCCUUAACACAUCACCACUGCCUUCCCCUUUAAACAAAGUCAAGCCUUCGAAUCUCGCAUACGUCUUGUUUACAUCUGGCAGCACUGGUCGCCCCAAGGGCGUUAUGACCGAGCAUCGCUCCGUGUGCGCAAGCACAGCUGGCCACGGCGCCGCCAUGGGCUUUGGCGAUUUCCCUCGUCGGGUUUUGCAAUUUGCCACCUACACUUUUGAUGCUUGCAUCGGUGAAAUCUUUACCACGCUUAGCCAUGGCGGGACCAUUUGUGUGCCCACCGAACAAGAGCGCAUGGACGACCUUUCUGGUUUUAUUCGCGAUUUUAGGUGCGACUGGGCCUUUUUUACACCGACCUUUGCACGUCUGCUCAAACCCGAAAGCAUCCCGUCCAUAAAAACCCUGGUUCUUGGAGGAGAGGCCGUGACUGCCGAGAGCGUCGACACUUGGGCGGACAAAUUGAGGCUAAUGAAUGGUUACGGGCCCACUGAAACGUGUGUGUUUUGCACCACCCGCGAUAUUUCCAAAGGAGAUAGGGCCGAGAAGAUUGGACACAUGGUUAGCUCCGUCGGCUGGGUUGUCGACCCGCAGGACCACAACCGUCUGGUGCCGAUCGGCUGUACGGGUGAAUUAUUGGUGCAAGGACCUGGACUGUCUCGAGGCUAUUUGGGCCAGCCCGACAAAACCAGGGAGGUUUUUGUGCCUGCUCCGGCGUGGCUGAGGGACUUUGGCUACUCUACCGACCAGGUCUUGUAUAAGACGGGCGAUCUAGUACGCCAGGACCUCACCGAUGGGUCUUUGUUGUACCUGGGCCGCAAGGAUAACCAGACCAAGAUUAAUGGUCAAAGGCUGGAAAUAGGUGAAAUCGAGGCUGUGCUCAAUGGCAAGGACGCAGCAAUAGAGCAGGUUGUCGUCGUUGCGGGCAAGACUACCAUUGACAAGAAUAAGCAAGUUCUUGUUGCUUUUGUCGAAUUUGUUUCCAAAAGCAGCAAUAACGACAUGCUACUUGAGCUUGACGACGAGUCGAGACUGAAAAUGAAGGAACUGGAAACCCUGGCGCGGGCCAGCCUACCAAAAUAUAUGGUCCCGACCCUUUGGAUUCCCGUCUCCAAAAUGCCCUCCCUAGCAACUAGCAGCAAAACGGACAGAAAGACGCUGGCCUUCAAAAUAGCCAAUCUGACCCCUGAGCAACUUACGGCAUACUCUCUCUCCACCCACGCCAACGUAUCCUCUCGGGCUCCUUCGACAAACAUGGAAAUCUCCAUCCUUAACCUGGUAGCGCAAAGUCUUGGCCGUGAUGCAACGUCUAUCGGUGUGGACGACAAUUUUCUGGCACUUGGAGGCGACUCCAUUACAGCUAUUCAGCUCACCGCGGCUGCACGAGCUGCCGGCAUCCUGCUUACACACGAGGACGUUUUUCGUCAUCCAUGUCUCGCCGACAUGGCUAUGGUGGCCACAUUCACCGAUGCGUCCGCCGCGAAUGCCCACGAUGUCACUGACAGGCCUUUUUCUCUAAUCCCCGAGGAUAAGAGGGAAACGUUAUUCUCGGCGCUUGAGACAACAUACCGCAUCCCCCGCAGCACAAUCGCCGACGUUCUGCCCUGUGCACCUCUCCAACCCGGCCUUAUCGCCUUGACGGCUAAAGACUCGCAGGCCUAUGUUCUUCGCGAGGUCUACCGUUUGCCCGCCAAAUUGGAUGUCGCCAGAUUCAAGCAGUCUUGGGAGGCUGUUGCUCGCGAUGCCGGUAUUCUCCGUACCACUAUUGUUAAUAUUGACGAGCUUAACAGCUUUUACCAGGUAAUUAGGGGCGUUAAUAAUAAGGUUAUCGAGUGGCGGACUGGAAAAAGCGUCAAGGGGUACCUCGAUGAAGACAAGCGCCUGCCUUUCCAACUUGGCACGCCAUUUUCCCGUUUGGCCAUCGUCGACACGCCUUUCACCGGCAGCUAUUUCAUCUGGUCCAUCCACCACUCUAUAUAUGACGGGUGGUCCAAGAAUCUUAUCCUUCGUCGCGUGCAGGCGGCGUACGAGUCCUCGUCGCCACAGCCCGUUAUAGAGCCGACACCACCUUUUAGUCGCUUUAUUGCCCACCUCCAGCAAACCGACCCUGAAGAAUGCAAGGCCUUUUGGCAGAAUCAGUUCAAGGGCAUUUCGGCUCCGGCAUGGCCUCCCCUCCCCAACCAGCAAUUUAACCCCCUACUCGACGGUGAGGUAGCUAUUACUUUGCCGUUUGAGCGUCCUGCCGGGUCACGCUUUACCACCUCCACCAUUAUCAAAGCCGCAUGGGCCCUCGUGCAAGGUUGCCACAGCGGAUCCCCCGACGAUGUUCUAUUUGGUGUAAUCCAAAGCGGCCGCGACACGCCAGUCCAAGGCAUUACGGAAAUGGUUGGACCUUGCAUUACGACAGUACCGCUCCGCAUCGCCCUGGACAGGACCUCGACAACCGUGCCGCAAUUUCUGCAAAUGAUACAGGACCAAACCACUGAUAUGAUCAAGUUUGAGCACGCCGGCCUGCAAAAUAUCCAGCGCAUGGGCAGGGAAUGCCGCGACGCCUGCGGCUUUGCCUGCGUCAUGGUCAUCCAGCCGCCAGACGUGCACGACGAAGCCUCGUUCCUGGGAGCUCAAAAGCUGUCUGACGAGGAAAAGGAGACGCUGCGCUUCGGUAUGGGUAUCCAGAUCCGCAUCCGCAGGGAUAAUCAACUAGACGUUUUGGGAAAUUUUGACCACAGAAUUACACCCGAGGCGGUCAUGCGUCGGAUCCUAUACCAGUUCAAGCAUGUGGUUGAGCAAAUUAUGGAACACGCGGGAGAAAGCACAAUGCCCGUGUCGGAUGUUGAUCUUUUUAGCCCAUACGACAGGGACCAGGUUAUUGCUUGGAACCAGCCGACUGAACUUACGCCCGUGGAUCUUGAGGGCCAUCUUGCGGGCGGACUUACACACGAGCUGUUCCACCGCACAGCCACGGUCAACGAAGCGAGGGAAAAGAGCAUGGCCGUUAAUGCUUGGGAUGUUGAUUUUCGCUAUGGUGACCUCGACCGCAUUACCACUAAGCUGGCCCACCAUUUGCGGAAUACCUUUAACAUUGGGCCGGAGGUUAUUGUGCCUCUAUGCUUUGAAAAAUCGGGCUGGGCUAUAGUCGCCCUGCUAUCGGUUAUCAAAGCUGGCGGUGCGGUGGUGUUCCUCGACCCGUCGUAUCCAAUGGCUCGUUUGAACGAGAUUCUCAGCCAGAUUGAAGCCAAGGUAAUUCUCUGCUCUCUUGCGCAGGUUUCUCUUUGGCGGUCAUCGGGUCUGUCAGUUCAGGUUGUGGAUAACGUUUCCAUUGCAGCCUUGCCAGACGCAGGCCCCGAGCUCCCAAUCACCAACGCCACCAUGUCAAGCUCCCUCUACGUUAUUUUCACCUCUGGUUCCACCGGAGUUCCCAAAGGCUGCCUAAUUGAGCACCGGGCCUUUUUGUACUCUUGUCAAGCGCAGGCUCGUAUUUUUGGGAUGCGUCCGGACCAUCGGGUCUUGCAGGGUUGUCCUUAUAGCUUUGACGUGAGCGUUAUGGAGAUUCUGACCACGCUGCUGCACGGCGCGUGCGUUUGCGUGCCCAACGAGCGGGCCAAGAACCGCAGCAUGGUCGAGGUAAUCAACGACUUUCACAUUAACUGGACCUUCCUCACCCCCUCGGUCGUUAAAUUCAUCGACCCGGCCGAGGUACCGACCCUCGAGACGCUGAUUCUCGGCGGCGAGGCCAUGACCCGGCAAAGCAUCGACAUCUGGGCCGGCAAGGUGCGGCUGAUCAACGGGUACGGCCCGACCGAGUGUGCCAUCUCGGCGGCUGUCAACAACAACAUCACGCUCGAGACGGACCCUGCCAAUAUCGGUAAGGCGGUUGGGGGCAUGUGCUGGAUUGUGGAGGCAGAAAAUCACGACAGACUGGCUCCUGUUGGGACUGUGGGAGAGCUCAUAAUCGAGGGCCCGACUCUGGGCCGUGGUUAUCUCAAGAACCCGGAAAAGACGGCGGAGGCUUUUAUCAACGACCCUGCCUGGUCACUCAAGCUUGAUGGCAAACACCGGCGUCUGUACAAGUCUGGUGAUUUGGCCUACUAUGAUGCUGAUGGAUGCAUUAUUUUCUGCGGAAGAAAGGACGCGCAGGUCAAGGUGCGCGGGCAGAGGAUGGAGCUGGGCGAGAUCGAAUCCCACCUUAGCCAGAACCCCGAGAUCCAACAUGCUGCCGUCUUUUAUCCUGCCUCUGGCCCUUGCAAGGGUCAGCUGGUUGGUCUGGUUUCCCUCAAAAAGGUUGGUGCGGAGACCAACCGAGAUGGCAUUGUCGAGCUGGUCGACGGCCAAGAGACCUCCAUCGCGGCAGCAAUCACCUCGGACGCCACCAUUCAACUAUCUUCCCUUGUCCCAGGCUAUAUGAUUCCCAACCUUUGGAUCCCGGUUAAGAGCUUCCCACUGCUACCUUCAGAAAAGCUCAACCGGAAAUGCCUUGCCCAGUGGCUCAACGGCAUGUCGGAUGAACUGCACAAGCGCGUAUGCGGUAUCUCGACUGCAAACCCCGACGGCAGUUCCGUUUCUCCACUCGCCCAAGUGGCUGAGCCAUUUACGGAUGCAGAAAAAACCAUCCAUCAGGUUUGGUGCGACGUUCUCAACCUGCAGGCCAAAGAGGUGGGAAUUACGCAAGACUUUGUCACACUGGGUGGCGACUCGAUCCUCGCAAUGGCCAUGGCUUCCAAGCUGAGAAAGGCAGGUUUCCAGGUCUCGAUAACCGACCUCCUUAUAACGCGCACCAUCGCCAAGCUCGCCGCUCGCAUUGGCCACACGGCCAAGAGUCCAAGGGACAAGAGUAUGCGCCCCCUCGGCCUGCGUCUCGUCAGCCCUGCCACAGAGUCGGACCUGGACAACGAAAACGACACGGGCUACGAGUCGGACAACAGCGACGCCACCACGGCAGCCACUUCCAUCUCGGUUGCAAGCCGGGGCCGUGCAAAGGCGGCUCACCCGGCCUUGAGCCAGCAGCCGACUGAGCUGUUUGAUCUCACGCCGAUGCAGCAAUACUAUGCCAACCUCGCACUUGGAAACGACGAGCUGUCCCGCCAAACGGACGCUAGGUUCAACCACAGUUUCUGUAUUAAGCUCAAACGUCCCAUUAACCCCGCUAUUUUGUCUUCUGCCUACUCGCAACUUAUCAGCCGCCACAUGAUGCUUCGUGUGCGUCUGCAGCGAUGUGGCAAGGAACAAGCAGCCUGCGGGUUCCGCCAGUUUGUUUCGCCUGACAUCAAGAGGUCUUUCCGUCUGCGCGAGUGGAGCAACGUCGCCUCGGUUGACGACGUCAAGGACCGGCUGGAGGACGCCCGCAUUACGCUAGACCUCGAAAACGGCCCCAUCAGCUCGCUUGAUCUCGUCAGCACCACUGCCGGCGAUUCAUUCCUUUACAUUGUUGCGCACCAUCUCGUCGUCGACCUCGUGUCUUGGAAUUCAAUCCUGCGAGACUUUGACGAUCUGCUCUCCAAGGGCGCCUUUAGCCACGAAGAGCCUGGUCCGUUUCCACUCUGGGCGCAAAAGCAGGCCGAGUAUGCCCGUCUCCACCUCGAUCCCAAAACCACACUCCCUGCGCCCAUCCCUGCCGCGGACUUUGCAUUCUGGGGCAUGGCAGACGCCGACGGCAAUCUCGUCCCCAACCUCGCCCGAGACGCCAUCCACCACACGAUUUGCAUCCCCGAGGCGGCAACGGCCAUGCUCCUGAGGGAGAGCCACGCCAAGCACGAGGCCGAGCCGAUGGACGUUCUCGUGUCGGCGCUUACGCGCUCAUUCUUCCUCGUCUACGGGCAGACGCGCGAGUCGCCGCCCGCCAUCUUCCGCUUCGGGCACGGCCGCGAGGACAUCGAGGGCCUGCCGGACGUCUCGUCGACGGUGGGGUGGUUCUCGACGCUGUCGCCGCUGCACGUGCCGGUGGGGCUGGGCGGCGACUGCAGCGCGGCGGGCGUGCUGGGCAGGACGGUGGAGCUGCGGCGGCGCACGCCGCACAACGGCUGGGCGUACUUUGCGGCGCGCUACCACCACGCGGACGGCGGCGCCGUCUUUGGCGGGCACGAGCGCAUGGAGGUGGCAGUCAACUACCUCGGCGUCCGGGACCGGCAGGUCCGCGGCGCCGACUCGGCCGUGUUUGACCUCUCGCGCAUGGUCGACGGCGGCCUGGGCGCCGGCGGCCAGGACGUCAAGUGCAUGAGCCUGUUUGGCGUCACGGCCGAGGUGCGCGCCGGCUGCCUCGAGGUGGACCUCGAGUGGAACCGCCGCGUGCGCGGGCAGGGCCAGGUCAGGGCCUGGUGGAGGGAGUUUGAGGCUUGCCUCAAGGAGCUGGCCUCGGCGGGCUCGCCGUAUGUGAGGAGCGGCAGCGGGGAGUGGGGGGUCGUGCCCAGCGUGGGGAGGAGGGAGUCUCUGUCCAGGGAGCAGAGGCGCAUGCGCUCACUCUCGCGGCAGAGGUCGCGCCAGAGCUCCAACGUUUAG